ACCGUUGAUGAUUGACGUAAAUGCUAAACGCCAAAAUUCUUGUCACUGUCACGUCAUAAUUGUCAUUUGUCAUAACAACUGUGACUGUGUCAAAACGUGAAGUCAAAAUAAAAUAAAGGGGGUGUAAAAUUUUCGAGCUUUUUGAAGUUAAAGUAUUGAUUUUCCAAAUAAACUCAACAUGACCGAUUCAAAAUAUUUUACCACUACUAAAAAGGGAGAAAUUUUCGAGUUAAAAUCCGAGCUAAAUAAUGAUAAGAAGGAGAAAAAGAAGGAGGCUGUAAAAAAGGUAAUAGCAUCGAUGACUGUUGGUAAAGAUGUUUCAGCUUUAUUCCCCGAUGUUGUAAAUUGUAUGCAAACCGACAAUUUGGAGCUUAAAAAACUGGUUUACUUAUAUUUAAUGAAUUAUGCUAAAUCUCAACCUGAUAUGGCUAUUAUGGCAGUGAAUACAUUUGUUAAGGAUUGCGAGGACCCUAACCCACUCAUUAGGGCUUUAGCAGUGAGGACCAUGGGUUGUAUUCGUGUAGAUAAAAUAACGGAAUAUUUAUGUGAACCUUUGAGGAAAUGUUUAAAAGAUGAAGAUCCUUAUGUUCGUAAGACUGCUGCGGUUUGCGUGGCAAAGUUAUAUGAUAUUUCAUCAGCUCAAAACACAAAUUUAGGCCUAGUCGAAGACCAAGGGUUCUUGGAACAGUUAAAAGAAUUGUUAAGCGAUUCAAACCCGAUGGUUGUUGCCAAUGCAGUAGCUGCUUUAUCGGAAAUUAAUGAGAGUAGUCCCACAGGUCAACCGUUAGUUGAGUUAAGUACAUCAACAAUUAAUAAGUUGCUUACUGCUCUAAACGAAUGCACUGAAUGGGGUCAAGUGUUCAUUUUGGAUUCUCUAUCAAAUUACACUCCCAGAGAUGAGAGGGAGGCUCAAAGCAUUUGCGAGAGAAUUACACCAAGAUUAGCUCAUGCUAAUGCGGCCGUAGUGCUUUCGGCUGUCAAAGUCUUGAUCAAAAUGAUGGAAAUUUUACAAGGUGAUGUAGAGUUUUGUAAUACGCUCAGUAAGAAGUUGGCUCCUCCAUUAGUAACUUUGUUGAGUUCCGAACCUGAGGUUCAGUACGUAGCACUCAGAAACAUCAAUCUAAUUGUCCAAAAGAAACCUGAUAUUUUAAAACAUGAAAUGAAGGUAUUUUUUGUGAAGUAUAACGAUCCAAUCUAUGUAAAACUAGAGAAAUUGGAUAUCAUGAUUCGUCUGGCUUCGCAGAGUAAUAUUUCGCAAGUCCUCAGCGAAUUGAAAGAAUAUGCUACAGAAGUUGAUGUCGAUUUUGUCAGAAAAGCCGUGAGGGCUAUUGGACGGUGUGCUAUUAAAGUCGAACCAUCUGCAGAGAAAUGUGUCUCCACAUUAUUGGAUCUCAUCCAAACCAAGGUCAAUUACGUCGUUCAAGAAGCUAUCGUGGUUAUUAAGGAUAUUUUUAGGAAAUACCCUAACAAAUAUGAGAGUAUCAUCAGUACACUCUGCGAGAAUCUCGACACACUCGACGAACCCGAAGCCAGAGCUUCCAUGGUUUGGAUUAUCGGCGAGUACGCUGAAAGAAUUGAUAAUGCUGAUGAACUUCUAGAUAGUUUCUUGGAAGGUUUUGCUGACGAAAAUGCGCAGGUUCAAUUGCAAUUACUGACGGCGGUGGUGAAAUUGUUUUUGAAACGUCCUCAGCAUACUCAAGGACUAGUUCAGCACGUGCUUAGUUUGGCCACUCAAGAUUCGGACAACCCAGAUCUAAGAGACAGAGGAUUCAUUUACUGGAGAUUAUUAAGUACGGAUCCAGCUGCAGCAAAAGAGGUAGUCUUAGCUGACAAGCCUCUCAUAUCAGAAGAAACCGAUCUUCUCGAACCAACGUUGCUUGAUGAACUUAUUUGCCACAUUUCUUCUUUGGCCAGUGUUUACCACAAACCACCCACUGCUUUUGUCGAAGGCAGAAGCGCAGGUAUCAGAAAGACCCUUCCUGUUCGCCAAGGGUCAGACGAAGCUCCGGCUCAGGAAGCUACAGUCAUACCCAAUCAGGAGAGCCUUAUUGGAGACUUGUUAUCCAUGGAUCUUGGUGCACCUACAAUUCCAUCCGGUCCCGCACCUACCACAGCUCCGAUAAGUAAUGUGGAUCUACUUGGAGGCGGAUUAGAUGUAUUGUAUGGAGGCACGGAACUUAGUGGUGCUCCUACAGCUGCUGCUCCUUCAACUACAGGGCUUUUAGGAGAUAUAUUUGGUAUCACCACAACACCAACUAUGUAUACUCCACCAAAAACAUUAUGGUUACCAGCUGAUAAAGGUAAAGGUUUGGAAAUACGGGGAACUUUUUCAAGAAAAUCUGGACAAGUACACAUGGAAAUGACCCUUACUAAUAAAGCUAUGCAGGUCAUGAGUGGGUUCGCUAUUCAGUUCAAUAAAAACAGUUUUGGUUUAGCACCUUUAGUUCCCAUGAACGUCACAGGUUUGCAGCCUGGGCAAAGCCUCGAAUAUAGCUUAGCUUUAAGCACAACAGGGCCAGUACAAAGAAUGGAGCCCCUUACUACUUUACAGGUGGCCAUUAAGAAUAAUGUGGACGUGUUCUAUUAUGCCUGUCAAAUACCAAUUCAGAUUCUAUUCCUAGAGGACGGCACACUAGAUAAACGAGUCUUUUUAACUACUUGGAGAGACAUUCCAUCUGCAAAUGAGGUUCAAUACACUCUAAAUGAUAUCAAAGGUUCUGCAGACGCUAUUUCAAGCAAGAUGACUAUGAGCAAUAUCUUUACCAUAGCAAAACGUAACGUGGAAGGGCAAGACAUGCUCUACCAAUCACUGAAGUUGACAAAUAAUAUAUGGGUUCUUCUUGAACUAAAAUUAACUCCUGGUUCAACCACUGCAACUUUAAGCUUGAAAUCAAGAUCUGUGGAGGUGGCACCAUAUGUAUUUCAGGCUUAUGAGAUGAUUUGCAAAAAUUAGUUUAAUAAAAUAUCUUUAAAAUUAUUUUAACAAUAUUAUAUACUGUUUUUAAAUGUUAUUAGAGUAUGCUAUAAGUUAUAUCUUUAUUUUAUUCCAUUAUUUGUAGAUUAAAAUAACUAUAAUAAAUAAAUAAGGUACUAAUAC